ACACGGCCGGUCUAGCACAGUACCAGGCACCACGUUUUCACACACCUACACCUACACCUUAAAUUUUCUCUCGAUUGUGACGAAUACGCAUGUGUGUUGUUCUCCUGUAGCUCACGAACACUUAGCCGAACUGAUGCCGAUCUUUGACGAGAUCCGAGCUAGAGGGGAGAUAGGCAACGCGUAUCCGCUGCACGUGGGUUCAAACGCCGGACCCACCCUUCACUUGGCCCACGUCAAUCCGAACACUUGCUAUUGGGUCAGAGAAAGAUCACAGAGGUCAGUACCAAUGGGAAGCUUACCGCGCAAUACCAAAUCAUCAUUAUCUGCUGGAACUCCCGAUUCAUUAAGCGACAAUGAGAGUGGAUUCAGAACGCCAAGAAGGCCGACGUAUCGGUCAAACAUCACCCCUGGUGGAUCGAGAAACAACUCGAGACCAGCAUCUAGAACGGGUAGCAGGCCUGGAAGUAAACCACCGUCUAGGCAUGGGUCGAAUUUGUCACUAGAUAGUACAGAUGAUACCCCUUCGAGAAUACCUAGACGAACACCAACUACCUCAGGUCGCAGUUCAGCAACGCUGUCGUCUGCCAAAAGACAACUGAACGGAACGGGUUCAAGGCCAAGGACACCUAGUGGUCUUCGGUCGCCUGCUAGUCCAGCUCCUAGAUCAACAGGCAUAUCCAGAGCCUCAAGCAUACCAACCUUAACAGGACUUAGUUCAAGUUCAUCAAGGUCUCGCAUACCGAUAUACAGAGGACAUAGUAAGGACGAACCAGAGUCACUUUCUACGUCCAGUUCCUGUUCUAUGUCGCUUUCUUCUGGUGACAAAUCACUAUCAAGUAAAUCGAAAAUUCCAAUUCUAAAGAGGAGCGCAAGUUCAAACAAAGUUAGGCAAGUGACAAUUGGCGUUGCCCCAACGUUAAGGACUGCCUCUAGGACACGAACACCAUCAGGCUCCAACACGCCAGUCCAUCCAGACCAACAGACGGCAGUGUCCAGACUUCUGCGACGACCAUCUGGAGCGUCAGAGACACCUACCGGCGUUGCGCGUAAAAAGAAGUCGUCUAUCGAAGACAGGGAGCCAUUUAGGUUAUAAUUACUUUUACAAAAACACAUUUAGUUAGGUUUCUUAACUUAUUUCAACUUACAAUGACUGACAUAAUAAGUUGUAGGCUUCGUAAUUCUAAAAAGAAGUUGUUCAUAUUUUUGUAUAAAGUGUUAAUUUAUUGAAGAUUAAAAAGCCUUUUCGGUGGGCAAAAAUCGCCAGUUUUGCCAAUCGAAGACGCCUAAGUUUGUUGCAACUUUUUCUAGUAUAUAGUUUAAUAUAUAAAAAAAUAUACUACACUUAUUUCUUUUUUAAAAGAUAAUUUUUUCUAGAACUUUUUAAAGGGAUUUAUUAUUAUAUGUAAAUUUUUUGUUCCCUUUUUUGUAAAUUAGUUGCCAUAUAAACGUAGCAAAAUCGGAUUAUUAUUAUUAUUAUUAUUUGAAGCAAUGUGAUUUUUAUUUUAUUUUGCGAUGAUUUUGUUUUCAUUUUUUUGUUGUUUACAAUAGUUUUUGGUAUUGUAUAAUGUUAUUGGCUAAAAAGACGGGACCAUUUUUUUAUUUUAAUUUUUCUUUACCAACGUUUACUAAUUUUGCCUAACCAUUUUUUGCUUUACACAUUAUGUUUCUGCUAGUCAAGCUCUAGCAAGUUCAAGUGUGAUUACCAAUUACCGAUGGAAAGGUGAAACAAUAUUCUACAAUCGCCAGUGUGGAAUCUCGUUUCAGCCUCUAUUAUAUAUAUGUAUUGCUUUUUGUAUUAUUUAACUGUUAAUAAAACUAAAUUUUAUUAAAAAAA